GGGUUUCAUCACACCUACAAUUACUUUCAAUAGAUACAAAUAUGUAAUCUCUUUGCAGUUUGCACAGUUAACAAAAGCCCUUCAUAGCAUCACAUCAGAUCCCAGGUUGGAGUUGUGUUGACAGUAGUCAUGGCCGCAUCUGCGCAGGAGAUGGCACCCUGGCAGGUGUACCUUGCCAGUGGCUCUAACCGGCUCUCCCAUGAUCACAGAGCGGGACGCUGGAACAGCGUUUGCAGUGGUGCAGGAGGAUAUGGAACCCGCAUCUCAAUGGAAUAUGCAUCAAGUGUCCCUGUGAGCAUCACCAACGUCUCAAACUCCCUGUGCAUCAAUGAGAGGGAGAAUAUGCAAGAUCUUAACGAUCGCUUCGCCUCCUACCUGGAAAAGGUACACCAACUGGAGGCAGCCAACGCGCAGCUUGAGCUACAGAUCAAGGAACAUCUGGAGAGAAGCUCCCUUGGUGACUGUAAAGACAUGGGUGGACACUUGGGGAUGAUUGAUAACCUUCAGAACCAGAUUUCUGAAUGGUACACAACCCAUGCCCAACUCAGGCUGCAGGUCGCCAAUACUCAACUGGAAGUCUAUGACUAUAAAUACAAGUGUGAACAGGAGGAGAGGCGUCUCUUGGCAGCGGAGGCAGAGCUGAGCCACCUGCAGAGUAUUCAGCAUGAGUUAAUCGAUAGGGAAGGAGAUCUGCACAUCCAACUGGAUGGAAACCUAGAGGAAAUGGACCUCCUCAAGAGCAACCAUGAGGAGGAUGUGCAGGGAGUGAUGGCCCAGAUGUCUGGGUUGGUUAACGUGGAGAUGGACUGUGCUCACUCAGUGGACCUGAAUGAGAAACUGAGUCGCCUAAGGGAGCAGUGUGGGGCGGUGGUCCUGAAGAACAAAACAGAGGCUGAGAGCUGGUUUCAGAGCAAGGUGGACAGCAUGAAGACCCAGGUGACCGUCUGUUCCAUUGGGUCCGAGGUCGGGCAGACAGAGAUAGAUGACCUAAAGAGAAUAGUCCAGGACCUAACUCUGGAGUUGCAGCUAUUGGAGACCCAGAACCUGUCAACGGAGAGGGACGAGAUGGAAGUGAACGAGCGAUACAGUGUUCACCUCAGUCGGCUUCAGCAGCACUUAGACAGCCUGGAGGAGGAGCUGCUGCAGCUAUGUACAGCCACAGAGCAGCAGGCUGUCCAAUACCUGAUGCUACUGGACAUCAAGACCAGGCUGGAGAGGGAGAUUGCUGAGUACAGGAGACUGCUGGAUGGAGGGGGAGCCAGCAGGAAAUCAAGCUCCAACGCCAUGGCUAGUGUCACGUCUCACUGUGCAAUGAGCAAUGGAAUUGCCUUCCAACACGUCUUCAUGCCAAUUCAGAGUUCCUCCAUUAGUGUACCAAGAGCAAGUGUGCCAAGUAUUAGUGAGACCUCAAGAGAGACCUCAAGCAAUUUAGAAAACGGAGGACAAGUGGUAGGUGCAGCCAUUGGGGAGCAGGUUACCCGUGUGCAGAAAGUGUUUCUGCAUAAUGCCUCUGAUAAAACAGUGCAGAGUGUACAAACUACCAAUCAGGUUAGCACUGGAAAGCACUGUAUCUCAACAACUCAGAUUAGCGAAGAUGCAUCUCAGAUUAAAGACACAGAAGUUGUUCAGACCACUAGUAGUGAUGUUGAUGUUACCAAUGUUAACUGUGGAGGACAGACUGCUAGCAAGGUGAAUGAAGAAGAGAUAAGCAUUGCCAAUGACACAGUACAAGUUAGCAGUGAGGAGGCCGUAGUGGUGGUUGGUGUCAGUGAUGUAAAAAGCACAGGUCAGAUAAAAUGUAGGGAAACUGAGAUCCAGGAGAGAAGAGUGGAAAGUGAGACUAAGAUUGACAGUGAAAAUCAGAUUGUUAGUACUGUGCAUGAUUCUCAGAUUAUCUCAGCAGAGGAAGAAAACCAAUUCAGAAGUGAGGAGACUCAGAUUGACAGCACGGAGGUUACGAGUCAGAUGAAUAGUUGUCAAAUUGAAACUCCGAUUAGUGGAGCUCUGAGUGUUUUGGAAAGUGUUGUUCAGAUAAACCGUGUAGGAAAUGGCAGUCAGAUCAGCUGUGUUGAAACUGGAGCACAGCUCUGCUCCUUGGAGAUAAACAUCACAGAAAAUGAGGUUCAGCCAAGCAGUCAGCCAACAGAGGUAAUUAUCACCCAAUCGGAAGACAGAUUUGACAUGAGAAAUGCUGAACAUGGAGAGCAUGUUAUUAUAGAGGAAACUAUCAUUGAGGACAUCAGCUGUAUAUCCAGAAAGAGUGACGCUGUGGAGAGCAGCAGAGUUGAAAGCGUAGGACCGGUUGAUGAGCUGGAAGUCGCAGCUGUAGUUGGUGAUGCAGAAGAUGAAGGUCAAACAAACUGUGAGGAGAGUAGAGGUCAGAUAAACAUUGCUCAGGGUGGUGACCUGACUAGCACAAUCAUAACAACAAGUGUGGUUGAAAUGAAGAGUGCUGAUGAGGCUGAUGACCUGACUAGAAGUGUGGUUGAGAUGAUCAGCACAGAAAUAUCAAUGGCAUCCAGCCCUGUGGAAUCUGAGGUUCCAGUUGUCCACAGGGAGUACAGAGCUCAAACCCCCUUGAUGGAGAGUGAAGGUAUGAUUAGCAGAGAUGUUCAAAUGAUUGACCACGUCUCUACAGGUGACAUAAGCACUGUGGAAACUGUAGUAGUCUCGUUCCCAUCCAUGUGUCAGACUACUGACAGUGAUAAUGCUAAUAGCAUGGUAAGCGAGGCUAAGGAAACUGGGAUCCAGGUGAAGAAAGUGGAAGGUCCAGUUCCAAUCAGCAGUGCAGAACAUGGGGGUCUGAUCACCAAUGUUGUACAGAUUAGCAGCGCUGCAAGUGACAAUACGAUCAGCAGUGCCACAGGUGUAGCGGUAAAAGUGCCAGCUAGCACAGUGGAGAUCAUCAGUGAUAUGAGAAGUGGAAGCCUGAUAAGUACUGGAGGUACGACUAGUGUAGGCAGUGGUGGUUUGAUCAGCAGGACAGAAAGUGGGUAUAUGAUGAAUAAUGUGGUAAGUGGACAGAUGAUAACUAGUGCAGGAAGUGGACACAUGAUAACUAGUGCAGGAAGUGGACACAUGAUAACUAGUGCAGGAAGUGGACACAUGAUAACUAGUGCAGGAAGUGGACACAUGAUAACUAGUGCAGGAAGUGGACACAUGAUAACUAGUGCAGGAAGUGGACAGAUGAUAACUAGUGCAGGAAGUGGACACAUGAUAACUAGUGCAGGAAGUGGAGGAAGUGAAGAAUGGAUGGUUUAUGGUGGAGGUACAGGAAGACUCAGUGGUUCAGGUAGUGGAGGCAGACUCAGUGGUCCAGGUAGUGGAGGCAGACUCAGUGGUCCAGGUAGUGGAGGCAGACUCAGUGGUCCAGGUAGUGGAGGCAGACUCAGUGGUCCAGGUAGUGGAGGCAGACUCAGUGGUCCAGGUAGUGGAGGCAGACUCAGUGGUCCAGGUAGUGGAGGCAGACUCAGUGGUCCAGGUCGUGGACAUAAGAUAAGUGGUACCAGUGGUGGAGAUCAAAUUAAAUGUGAUAGUAUCGGCAGUGGAGUUUGGACCCAUGUCAAUUCCGAAAGUGUCUCUCAGUUUAACAGAAACGCGGGCAAUGAAAGGACUGGUAGACUUAGCAGUGCAGGAAGUGGAGAAUGGAAGGUUUAUAGUAGAAGUAAUGGACAGAUCAGCAAGGCAGGAAGUGGGGGAAGAAUCAGCAGUGCUGGAAGUGGGGACAUGAUCAGUAGUGCUGGAAGUGGAGGUAGACUAAGUAGUGCAGGUAGUGGACAUAUGAUCAGUAGUGCAGGAAGUGGAGGUAGACUGAGUAGCAGUAGCACAGGAAGUGGAGGUAGUGGACAUAUGAUCAGUAGUGCAGGUACUAGUGGACAGAGAAUUAGUAGUACACAGGGUGGUGUCAGGAUCAGCAGUGGGGGUAGUCGAGUGAUUACCAGCAGUGGUGGUCCAGCCAGCAGCCCCAGCAGAGUGACCAUCAGGAACACAGGAAGCGGAGGCGGUGGAGGCAGAGAGCGAAUCAGCGUCUGUAAAAUGGCUGCCCUCUCCAUAUCAGCUGCCGUGAAAGAAAGAGAAAAGGCCCAGGAGGUCCACCGGGAAUCCUACACAAAACAGGUGUCAGCCACCAGUCCUCAGGUCCAGCGGUGGGUGAGGACAUCGGUGGAAGAAACUGUAGACAACAGUAAAACUGAUGACGACACUGUGCCAUUCUGAGUGGACAGAGGAGCAAGGCAUAAUAACAAAAUAGUCACACUACUUAUAGUUAAUACAUAUCUAUUACAUUGCGUUCCAUCAACGGAGCAUUAAUACCUUUAAAUGACCAGUAUCACAAUGCACCUUCAUGUUAGAAAACAUGUUUUCACAGGAUCUCUGUCUGCAAUCAUUCCUGUUACUGUGCCUUUCAUCCUUGCUGUGAGUAAGUAAUGCACUGAGUUUUCUGUUUGAACAGUAAUCUAUAAAGUUCUGAAAUAUACUCUGACGUAGUUAUAGGGAUGAAGGGGUGAUGGAAUUUGUUCUACGCCAAACAAUUUUAUCUUAUUGGAUUCGGUUUCCUUGUAAAGCGCUUACACUUACAUUUAUCUAGAUGGCAGUAUAUGCAUUUCGGUGAUCAGUUGUGGAGCGAGUCAGCUAGUCAUCUCAAUUGACACAUUUAUGCAAGUUAGUAUAACUUUUAGAUUUUAUUUUAGUAGUUUGAAAUCAAUGUAUCAAAGCUUAAAUAAAGCUUCUGAUGACUUAUUA